CGAGAGAAACGAAAGAUCUCACGAACACUGCAUUACACAUUGCACAUUACGCAAAACAAAACGCAAAAUCGCUUCAUCGAUCCUUCAAAUCAAUUAAUCGCUUUUCUACCAAAAUCGCUUCUCACUUACUCAACCUUCCAUUCAUUUCACGCAAAUUUUUCCUUUCCCACAUUACGCUAACUUAAUUCAUCAACAAACUUUUCAGAUUCUCCGCCACUCUCCAGAUUCUUCUCUCUUGUUGCUUAUUAGAAGAAGUUGGAAUAGAAAUUUUAGCUGGGAAAAUGGAGGAUGAUAAGAAAAGAAGAAAAAACAAGAAGAAAAAGAACAAGCAAAACAAGAAUGUAGAUGCUGGGGUUGGAGAAACAGCUACUAGGGUUCAGAAUCUGGUGAAUAAUGGUAAGGACGAGCAUGGUAGUAUUUCUGAGCCUGUGGUAAAUUCGAUUGGGGAUGGAGUCAAUGAUGCUAAGGAUAAGCCUGCUAGUCUUUCUGAGGCUGCGUCGAAUUCGAUUGGGGAUGGGGGAACAUAUACCAGUGAUCAAAGUCUGGUCAAUGAAGCUACGGGUAGGCUUGCUAGUCUUUCUGAGUCUGUGCCGAAUUCGAUUGGGGAUGGAGAUACAAGCGAUCAAAAUCUGGUGAGUAAUGUAAAGGAUGGACAUGCUAAUCUUUCAGAGGCUGUGGUAAACUUAAAUGGGGAUGGAGAAACUUUAACGAGGGAUCAGAAUCUUGUGAAUAGUGGUAAGGGUGAGUCCUCUCAGCUUUUGGGGACAGCUGAUGACCAAAGUGUGAGUGUGGAUUGGAAUGGAAAUGUGGAAGUUCCAAACAGAGAUCUGAAUGUGUUGAAAAGCGGAGAGGACGAGCCCUCUCAACCGUUGGACUCUGCAGAUGGGCAAAGUACUGAUAUGGAUUCCAAUGGACAUCUGCCAAAUGGUAAAAAAUGUGACAUAUCAGACAAAACAAUUAGAAAAUUAAAAGGAGAAAAUGCCGUGCUCAUUCAGAGAGAGACCAUAUCAGAAGAGACUAUCCAAAAAUUAAAAGACGAAAAUGAUAAACACAUUCGUAAAGAGGUCAUGUCAGAAGAGAGAAUCAGGAAGCUGAACGAAGAAAUUAAUAUGCACAUUCUGAAAGAGACCAUAUCUGACGAGACAAUCCGGAAAUUGAAUGAACAAAAGGACAUGCUUGUGCAAAAGGAGGUUGAAUUAGAAGAGAGUAUCAGAAAAAUGAAAAAAGAACUUGAUAUGCAUGUUAAGAAAGAGGCCAUAUUAGAAGAUACAAUUAGAAAAUUGAAUAAAGGAAAUGACAUUCACAUGCAAGAAGAGGCCACUUCGAAAGAGACAAUAAGAAAAUUGAUAGAAGAAAAUGAAGGGCACACUCAGAAAGAGGCCUUAGUAGAAGAGACAAUUACAAAAUUGAAAGAAGAAAUUGAUAAACACAUUAGUAAAGAGGCUACCCUGGAAGAGAUUAUCAAUAAAAUAAAAACUGAAAAUGAGUUACAGACACAUAAAGAGACUGAUCUAGAGGUGAGAACUGCACAACUGCAGAAUGAGAAUCAUUCCUUAUUUCAAAAAGCGGUUACCUUGGAAGAGAUCAUCAAUAAAUUAAAAACUGAAAACGAAUUACAGAAACAUACAAAGACUGAUCUAGAGGUGAGAAUUGCACAAUUGCAGAAUGAGUAUAAUUCCUUACUUCAAAAAGAGGCUGGGUUGGUGGAAAGAACAAAUCUGUUGCUGAGUGAAAAGGAUGAAUUGAUGGAAAAAACCAACAUGUUACAGAUUGAAAAGGAGGGUUUCGAGCAGAAAGUAAGUAUUCUGGAGAGCAAGUUGAGUUCCCUUAGUGAGAAAGAGGCUGGAUUGGUGGGAAAUACAAGUCUGUUACUGCGUGAGAAGGAGGGUUUAGAGCAGAAACUAAAUAUUCUGGAGAGCAAUUUGAGCUCCUUUAAUGAGAAAGAGAACGGUCUGGAAAUGAGAAUAGCACAAUUGCAGAGUGAGAAUAAUUCCUUACUUCAAAAAGAGACUGGAUUUAUUGAAAAAACCAAUCAGUUGCUGAAUGAAAAAACCAUUUUGACCCUAAAAGUGGAAAGUUUAGAGCAAAAAAUAAAUCUCCUGGAGAGCGAUUUGAGUUUAUCUGUUGAGGAAGAGAACUCAGCUAAAGAAGUUAUUUCAAAUCUGAAAGGAAACACCAGCAUGCUACAAGUGCAGGUGGCAGAGUUGGAAGAGUCCAAGAAUAAUCUUUUGCUAGAAAACCAACAAUUGAGGGAAAAUGUGUCAGGUCUUCAUUCAACAGUCCAGAAUCUUGAAAGCAGUAUCUCUUUUUCCGCUUCACAGGGUGCAUUUGCAAAGGACGGUGCUUCUGAAAAUGAAGAGUUUAAAUCUCAAAUUGAAGAGGCCUAUAUGUUAGUGGAGAAAUUGAUGGCAGAAAAUGCUGAUCUUGUUGAGAAGGUCCACAAGCUAUGUGUUGAGAUGGAUCGACGAGACACAGAAAUUUCAAUUUCUGAAGUUACUGGAUCUGAUGGUUUAACUGAAUUUGUUAAACCUGCUGAGCCCGAAUCAUCUGAGGCUACGUCUAUAUCUGCACCGGAGUCGGAUUCAUUGGAAAAGACCUCGGCGGUGAAUGGUAGUAGCGACUCUUUUCACGCCGGACAUGGUGUUGGAGUAAUUUCAAACUCUUCACUACCUGAUGAUGAUACUGACGAAAUUGUUCAAAUUCCACUUGAUGAUAACGAUGCAAGAGAUCUACAGCUGCAGGAUGCCAAGAAUGUGGAAAGUGAUGAUGCUGUGCCAAUAACAGAUGCUCCUCUUAUUGGUGCUCCAUUUCGUCUGAUAUCAUUUUUUGCUAAGUAUGUCAGUGGUGCUGAUUUGAUUGACCAAAAGUCUUCAAACACCAGUAAUUGAUUUUUAAUAGUGGCUUAAAAACACGGUCAUCAUUUUUAUUUGGCCGUCGAUAACAUACAGUAACCUCACUCACCUUAGUCAGAAUACCAAUAUAGGUUGGGCCAAUUUUAAUCUAUGCAUGCCAAUUCUUUGAACAUAUUAGGAAAUAUUGUAUCAGGAAGGAAUACAGAGUUCUAUAUUGUGUGAUCUUUAAUUCUCUUUGCUUUCAAAGUUGGAAAUGAUACUUUUAAAAAUUUGCAUCGAGUACGAAUCUAUGGUGCAUUUGGUUAGAAUCUUUGGUGCGUUUGGCUAAACAGUUUAAUUGAACUCUUUUUGAAUAAAUAUUUAUCAUAGAAGUGUUCAUAUAUAAGUCAUUCCUAUAAUGAGAGAAUGUUGUUGAGUUGUUGCCAUGUCCUAUAAUUUAAUGAUCCGUUUUGGUGAAUUGAUCCCGAAUUCCUAAAUCCUUUAGUUAUGGGUCCCUUUUUAAGUUUUUUUAUUUUUUAUUUUUUUUUAUAUAUAGUUUUUCUAAACCUUAGAGAAAUAGUUUCAUUGUGUUGGUUACUUUGUGAUAUGGGUGUCAUUCUUUUUAAACCAACUCCUAUUUAUUGUGAUAACAAAAGUGUCACACAAAUUGUCCACAACUUGGUCUUUCAUGAACGUACCAAAUUUAUUGAGAUUGAUUGUUACUUCACUCGUCAUCAUCUUCUGCAUGGGACAAUUACUUUAUUGUUUGUCUCCUCUGCUAUACAAAUUGCUGAUUUGUUUACGAAGAUGCAUUUCAUUAAACACUUUCUUUUCUGAUUGACAAACUCUCGAUGCUCUAUGCUAAUGG